ACUGAUUACAUGUAAUCUACGUAAUCAGAUUACAAAAAACAAGUACUUGUAUUAGUUUAAAUUACAUUUUAAAAUAUUCCUAAUCAGACCACAGUUACUUUUUUAUGGAUUGCAUGAUUACAUAUUAUUUACACAGUAGCAAUAAUUUAUUCAUAAUUUGUUAAUUUAUCAUUUUCAACUUUUAAAUAUUCCUUCCUCUAAAAUAAUCUACCACUUAUAUACACUCUGAGAUUCACUCUGAGAUCAGUCAUUAAUCAGGUGCUACACUGCAUUUAAACACUGGAUUUACAAAAAUCAUUUCAACAUCACAUCAGCUGAUGAACACAUUCCUUUUUAUUUGAAUUAUCAUUAUUUACCAUGUAUUACUUUGGAAGGCGUUUGUCUUUCAAACACGUUAAAAUGCACAAAUUCACCAACUUAUUUGUCAUCUGAUCUUCUUUCCCCUAAUAUAUUUUAAUUUGAAGUACCCCUGAGAUUUUAAAAUAAAUACUUUAAUAAUGAAGUAUCACAUUUGCAUGUUCAUUGGUUCUCUGUGGUCACAUGACAUGCACGUAAAGAAAUAAAAUAUUUAUUUUUUUCAGUAACUUUUUAUUUUGGUUCAUUUUAAAAGUAUUUUAAUUGAACAUUUUUAUGAUUUAAUUCAUUGUUAGCUUUUCAUUAAACUCAUAAACCCCCUGCAGUUUAGGAAACCUUGAUGUAAUAUAAUGUCUAAUGCACUUCAUUUUGUUGAUAACAACAAAUGGAAUAUAUUUCUUACUCUUUGUAUUUUUAUAUCAAUAUGGUACAAGAUUAUCAUAUUUAAAUGUGAUAAACGAGACAGGUCAAAAGUAAUUCAAAAGUAGACUGAUUAUAUUCCCUAAAAUGUGUAAUGUAAUGGAUUACGUUACUAACAUGUAAUCUGGAAUCAGUAACGGAUAGUAAUCUACCCAGCUCUGUUGAUUACCCAAAAAUGGCCCAUAAAGAAUGAUUUAAUUAGCCAUCAUGCUUUGUCUCCAGUGCUUUAUCUGUCCAUCCCUGAUGAGCUGAGCGGAUGUGUCUCUUAUCUCUCCUGCACAGGACUCUGGGAAGGAUGGAGCUCAUCAAUUUCAUUAUCAACUCAUCUUUGAAUCGUGUCAGUGAGAGAGAUAUGCUGCCGAAAGACAAAAUUAUGCUUCGGUUUCCAGUUAGUAGUAAAAUCUUGUAAUAUAUUUUGUUAGAUUAGAAUUCGUGAUGUAUAAAAAAUUGUUUAAAGAAAUGACUCAUUGCUUAUUUUUCACUUUUUGCUAGCCGGCGAACCAGCUAAACGAGGUGCAUUUCCCGUCAAGCUUCUUCAACAGUUGCACACAACAUGCUAACAAACUAAACCGCACUUGGUGUUUUGUGAUCAGCACUAAUUAGCUUCCACCAUUAGCAAUUAUCUGCCACACAGCCAACUUAGAAAGUCACGACUCAGAAAAUCGUGAGUUUCCCCGCUGAUAAUUAGGUUCAUGUGAAGGUGGCGAGAGUCUUCGUCUCAUUUCGUCUUCUAGAGUUUAUUUUGUUUUGUUUCCUUUGAGUUAAACUGAAGCCCUGAGUAAAUACUGAUGGAUUUAACAACUAUGAUUGUAACAAGUAACAAGCAUUACAGGUAACGUGGGUUACGUAAUCAGAUUACUUUUUUCAAGUAACUAGUAAAGUAACACAUUUUUUAAAGAAGUGACUCCAGUUCCUGUGUUUGUCAUGUAUUGAGUGACAGCUCUGGUGUUGCCAUGUUGAGAGAAAUCAGGAGUAAGAACAUGAUCUUACUGUAGUUCUAGACUAAAUAUCAACAUCUCACCUGCACAAAAACACAUUCAGUGUUCCUCACAAUCAGUAAAAACACUCAAAUGCAAACUCAGAAUAUUAUACAAACAUGUAAUAAUUAAAUAUGUUAAAUAAGAUGAAUAUAAUUUAUGUAUAUAAUCCCAUUUUAUUAACCGAUGUCUUUGCUACUGACCCUCGACGAUCCAAUUCAACCAUACUAAUAAUCAAAAAUGACACAUUUGUGUUAUAUUUUAGUUAUCACUGAAUAGUGUUGAUCUUUCUUCUCCUGCGUCAUAUUCUUCAUGUGAUUAGUUUGAGCGUCCUCUACUGUACAGACGUGAAUCUACAUCUCCUUCAGUCUGAGGCGGAUUCACUUCACUUUUGCUGUGAAAGAGCUUUACAUUUGUACAAGAAGAAGAACUUUUUAUAUUAAAAACAAACAAGCAAGCCCUGCCCGGAUUUAAAAAGUUACUCAAAAGUAACGUAACGCAUUACUUUCCAUAAAAAGUAACUAAGUAACAUAACUAGUUACUUUUUUAGAGAGUAACGCAAUAUUGUUAUGCAUUACUUUUAAAAGUAACUUUCCCCGACACUGAACAGACGUAAACCACCAUGAUUGUCAAAACAUUUACCUGAAGGUACCACAUCUAAUAGACUGCAGUUAAUGUUACUACAGUAAAACUUGAUAUUAACUUGUAAAAUGUAAAAUUAAACAAACUGACAGAAAAAUUAUUACAGCUUCUCACAGAGUUUGAUGAAAUAACAUUAAUUUAUUAUGAUUUUUACUCUUGUAUCCAUAGUAAAUAUAUGGGCUUUUGCAUUAAACUAGUUUUUAAAAGAAAAUGUGAACCUUUUUAGUUGGAUCGAUGUCCUCAGAUAGACCUCAGCCGUCUCUCUCUCUCUCUCUCUCUCUCUCUCUCUCUCUCUCUCAGUGUGAUGUUUGUAUCCUCUGGAUAACGGAAUAAAAUCUCUGCAGCUCCACAGCAGGAUGUGUGGUAUGACGGUGCUUUUAGAUGAUGGUGGAGGUGAUGAAGACUUUGACGUGGGUGACGGGAUCCGGAUGCUGCCACCUCCUCCGGCACAGUGUGACAGCGGGGUUUGGGGGGCCCGACGGGGCCGCUGCGGGUGUGUGCUGUGGACGCUGCUUCUGCUGCUGUGGAACGUCCUGCUACUGCUGAUGUGUGUGGUGCUGAUGGUCCUGAUCUUCAGCCUCAUUCUGCUGCCCGCCGCCCUGCUGCUGUAUGCUGGCUUCCUGUGCCAUUCACGGGUUGUGGCUUCUCAGGCUGCUCUUUGUCGCUACCUUGAUGACAACAGUUGCUCUGCCCUCAUCAUCCUGGGCUUUGUCAUGAUGUCUCCGCUGGUCGUGGUUGCUGCGGCGACAUUCUGCGCUCUUCUCAGGAGGCUCCACCUUCUCUUAUAUUUUCAGCCAAUCACAGAAGCUCAGUACCAAGGGCGGGGCUUGGGCUGGAGGCAGGACAUCCACGCCUGGGUUUGACUGACAGACACGCCCAUCAUUCUCAGGUCAGCGCCCGGGGUGACCUCUAGCGACAGUAACGUCACGGCACAGCGACGGCGUUACUGUAACUCUACAGAAACACAAUCAUGUAACACAAUGUAUGUAACAUAUUCCUGAAUGACCAAAAUGUAACUCUGGAAACGUUUUUCAGAGAAUCUAAUUCAAUCUUUUCACACGAUUGAGAAAUUGAUGCAAAGUUCAAGAAUAAGUGUUACUGUAUAUCUAAAUUGUAAAUAUGUUACCACAUUACAUUUUAUGACUACUUUCUUUCCUCACAUGCUAGUUGCGUUAAGUCUGUUUGUGUGCGAUAUAUGACGAUGCUCUGUAAAAAUCUGUCUUUCUUCUGAAGAAAACCACUGUGUUACAGACUUAGAUAUAUGUAACAUAAUUUAAGUGUUACCAAACUGACUUUUCGGUGGUGUGUGAAUAAGUGUACUAGUCUAGAGAUGUGUUUACUCGCUCAUGUUGAUGUUUAUAUUGGUCUGCUGUGUGAUUCAAAUCUGCAGAAUUGUGAAUAAACUGACUAA